AUGAGCUUCAAUGAUUGUGAAGUGACGUUCAGUGUUUUUAGUGGUGGGCAUUGGGUGAAGAAUCAUUCAGGAGACAUAUCAUACAUUGGUGGUGAAAGUAGAAGCAUCGAUUGUUAUCCUGAAGCCUUCUUCACCACGCUGUCUGAAGAUGAAUUUGCUGGCCAAAAGGUGUGGUAUAAGAUGCCUUUUGAACUAUUACACCAGCGGAAGUUGUUGCGCAAUGGGGAGCAGAGUUUUCACAAUAUGGUUGAAGCGGCUAAGUGGUGUGGUGUGGUGGAGAUUUUUAUGGUUAACGAAGUGGAGCAUCCAGUUGAAGAAGCCUUUUAUGAGCAUGCUGAAGAAGAGAUAAGGGUUGAAAGAAAUGUGGCUGGGUUUGUUGAUGAAGAUCCAAAUUUCGAUUAUCAUAAUACGCCUCCCAACUCUGAUGGUGAAGAAGAUGGUGUAAAGCUGGUGAGAUGGAAGAAAGGGAUUGGUGAGCUGAAAUUGAACCAGGUGUUUGACACCUUAGAAGAAUUCAAAGAUGCAUUGGUGGAAUAUUCGCUGAAAGAAGGAUGGAAUAUCAAGCAAAAUCCUUGGGGAAAAAUAAAGUGUGGAGCUAUUUGUGGGGUUGAAGAUGGCUGUCUUUGGAGGAUCUACUGCUCCUAUGAGGAGCAUCUUGGAAAGUGGAAGGUGAAGACAUAUGAAGAUGUACACACUUGCUUCAAGGAUGGAAGAAGCAAGAUAUUGAAGAAGUCUGUCAUCGUGAAACUGUUUCUUGAUGAAAUAAGGACUUACCCUGAGUACAGGCCAAAGAUGAUCCAAGACCAGAUUCAACAACGGUAUAACUUGAUUGCCACCUACGACCAGUGUAAAAAAGCUAAGGAAAAAACAAUCUCCAUCAUCAACAGUGACUAUGUGGAGCAGUUUUCUAGGCUUAAAGACUACCGAAAUGCAAUUCUUGAACAAAACAAAGAGUCUACUGUGGUGUUGGAGACAGUUCCUAAUGAUGAUGGAAAUGAGAUUUUUAGGAGGUUCUAUGUCUGCUUUGAAGCUAUGAAGAAUGCAUGGACUAUGUGGUGUCGGCCUGUGUUUGGGGUUGAUGGUUGCUUCAUGAAGUGCACCUUGAAGGGUCAGUUAUUAGCUGCGGUGGGAAAGGAUGCUAACAAUGGUAUGUACCCAUUUGCUUGGGCGGUAGUUGAUGUGGAGAAUGAAGAAAACUGGACUUGGUUUUUCAAGUUGCUGAAGGCUGAUUUCAAUCUACAACAAGGUCAACAUUACACAAUCAUUUCAGAUAGACAAAAGGGUCUGCUGAAUGCUGUUCAAAAUGAAUUACCCCAUAUUGAACAUUGA